CUUCGUUUAAGCUUUAAAUCAAUGGCUUCCACUUCCACAUUUCUUCUUCUUCAAUCUCUCACUUCUACGAAUCUUCACAUCACAGUCCCUAUAAGAACCUAUAGCUUCGGUCGUAGAACAACAAAAUUCUCAACGAAAUGUUCAUCAAAACCAGAGCCAAAGGAUCAAUUCCUCGACCUCACACCAGCCCCUGAAUCAAUCAACACAACAAGCGCAGAGAAAUUCCCAAUAGAGAAACGAAGAAGAUCAGAGAUCAUACGAGACAGAACACAAAGAGGAAUCGAGAAACCAGAGCCACCAAAUUUCGAAAUCGGUUGGAAAAGAACAAAAGAGAUAAACUUGGAGAAACCUAAAGGUUAUGUAAUAAUGGAUUUCUUAGAAAAGUUCGAAGCUUUAAUGGCGAGAGAGUUUGGAUCAAAGGAGCUUUUAGCUAAAGCUGGUGAGAUAGUUGCUGAGAGAGCUAGAGAAGAAGCUGAGGUUUUGAGAGAUGAAGGUAAAGUUGAAGAAAGAAUGGUCACUGAGCUUUCUAGGGUUUUGAAAUUGAUGGAGAUGGAUUUAGCUAUGGUUAAAGCUUCUGUGAAAGAAGAAACUUUGAGUCAGAGGAUUGAACAAGCUAGAGCUAGAACUCUGCGAAUUAGUUGUUCAUCUUCCUCUACAGUCACUGGCCAAACACAACAAUCGUCUUUCAACGAUGCUGAGUUGAAAUUGAUUGACGCUUUAAUCGGAAUUCAAGGCCGUGGCAAAUCCGCUUCUCCUGGACAGCUCAAUGAUGUGGAAUCUGCUGUUAAAGUUCUUGAAGGUUUAGAGGGAAUUCAAAAUCCUACAGAUUCUGACUUAAUAGAAGGCCGUUGGCGAUUGAUGUUCACGACAAGACCUGGAACUGCAUCUCCAAUUCAGAGAACAUUUACAGGAGUUGAUGUGUUCACUGUGUUUCAAGAUGUAUACUUGAAGACAACAAACGAUCCUCGUGUUUCAAACAUUGUUAAAUUCUCUGACUUCAUUGGAGAGCUGAAAGUUGAGGCAGCUGCGUCGAUCAAAGAUGGGAAACGGGUUUUAUUCCGUUUCGAUAGAGCUGCUUUCUCUUUAAAGUUCCUUCCUUUCAAAGUUCCAUAUCCAGUUCCUUUUAGGCUUCUUGGUGAUGAGGCAAAAGGUUGGUUAGAUACUACGUAUUUGUCGCCUUCAGGAAACCUUAGGAUUUCAAGGGGAAACAAGGGAACAACGUUUGUUCUUCAGAAAGAAACCGUGCCUAGGCAGAAAUUGUUAGCCACCAUAUCUCAAGACAAAGGAGUAGCUGAGGCUAUCGAUGACUUUCUUGCGACUAAUUCUAAUCCCGCGGAAGAUGAUUACGAGCUUUUAGAAGGAAGCUGGCAAAUGAUUUGGAGUUCACAGAUGUUUACAGAUAGUUGGAUUGAAAAUGCAGCUAAUGGUCUUAUGGGAAGACAGAUCAUCGAGAAGGAUGGAAGAAUAAAGUUUGAAGUUAACAUCAUCCCAGCAUUUAGAUUCUCCAUGAAAGGCAAAUUCAUAAAAUCAGAAAGCAGUACCUAUAAUUUGAAGAUGGACGACGCAGCAAUUAUAGGCGGUGCAUUUGGAUAUCCGGUCGAUAUAACAAACAACAUUGAACUUAAAAUUCUGUACACAGAUGAGAAGUUGAGGAUAAGUCGAGGAUUCGACAACAUUAUCUUCAUGAGCUAUGAAGCCAAGACAACGACAGAGACUUCAGGCUCAAGUGACUCUGUCUUGCACCUCACGAAACGCAUGAAACCUACUGGGCUUACGGCGACGACCAUAAAACCUGCCUUGUCCAACACGACGACGAAAUACAAAGGAGUGGUUCAGCAGCAGAACGGUCAUUGGGGUGCUCAGAUUUACGCAGACCAUCGAAGGAUUUGGCUCGGAACUUUCAAAUCCGCGCCUGAAGCCGCAGCGGCUUACGAUAGCGCAUCAAUUAAGCUUCGUAGCUUUGACGCUAACUCGCACAGGAACUUCCCUUGGUCUGAUUUUACGGUCCAUGAACCGGACUUUCAAGAGUGCUAUUCAACAGAAGCUGUGUUGAACAUGAUCAGAGACGGUUCUUAUCAACACAAGUUCAGAGAUUUUCUCAGAAUCAGGUCUCAGAUUGUCGCUAACAUCAACAUAGUGGGAACAAAACAAGUACGAGGAGGAGGAGGAGGAGGAGGUGAUCAAGAAUCGAGCAAGUGUUUCUCGUGCACGCAGCUUUUUCAGAAGGAACUGACACCGAGCGAUGUAGGGAAACUGAAUAGGCUUGUGAUACCUAAGAAGUAUGCAGUGAAGUAUAUGCCUUUCAUAAGCGAUGAUCAAAGCGAGAAAGAAACGAGUGAAGGAGUAGAAGAUGUGGAGGUUGUGUUUUAUGACAGAGCAAUGAGACAAUGGAAGUUUAGGUAUUGUUACUGGAGAAGUAGCCAGAGCUUUGUCUUCACUAGAGGAUGGAAUGGUUUCGUGAAGGAGAAGAAUCUCAAGGAGAAAGAUAUUAUUGUCUUUUACACUUGCGAUGUCCCCAGCAAUGUGAAGACAUUAGAAGGCCAAAGCAAGAACUUCUUGAUGAUUGAUGUUCAUUACUUUUCAGGUAACGGUUUCGUGGUUCCCGAGGAAGUAAACAAGACGGUUCACGAGAGUUCUGAUGAAGAAAUGAAAACAGAAACCCUCUUUAGCUCGAAGUUAGAAGAAGAAACCAAAUCAGAGGAGAAGAAAGGAGGGUUUAUGUUGUUUGGUGUUAGGAUCCAAUAGCUACUUGGAUCUUAGGGAUUUUUAUUAUAACCUAAUUAGAGUUUGUUUUCUAUUUUAUUUUUGCUUUUGUAUUACAUAGUUUCUUGAUUUACAAACUCAAUGCUUUGAUUUUGAUAUCCAACAUUAAUUAGAUAAAAUGUCUCUCUUGAG